AUGUCACCAAUCUGGCUUGGAACGUGCGUGACCAAACUACCGCAGGAAAAUUUGGUCACUGUUAUAAUCACCCUGUCCUUGAAUAUACUUGUUCAGAUCGUUGGAAUAGAUGUGAUGACAAAGCAUUCGGUGAACUACGAUGUCCUUCUGAAUGCGGCCCCUAUCAACAUUCUUGUCAGGGAGACAAAACUCUGCCGAGAGAUCAUUGUCGCCUACAACAAGAUACUGUGCCCAGGAAUACAGCUUAUGCGAAUAAAAAAGCAUUCUAAGAAGUUCUACUUCAAGUGGAGGUCUAUCUAUGUGUCGAUAAGCGCUGUUGAAGGUUUUCAUCGUUGGCGUUGGCCUCAUGAGGCCGAUGACGGAAUUCCUCGAAAAAUUCACGUGACACCGGAUGGUAAAAAGUACUGGUCGCUGAUGUGUGAAUGCGCACGACCCAUCGAUGAUCCCAUAACUGAAGAGGAGGUGUCAAACGAGCAAAUAAAUACAGCCGAAGCUGCUGUGCGAAGUCAGGAAAGAGUCAUAGAGAUGGAUCAAGACAAGGAAAACGUCCAAGGCUCUGAGGUUGCAGAGAGGGAUGGAGAUUUGCGAGCAGAAAUUUGCAGUAUGCUAGAUACAGAUGUGCUACAGGUACGAGACGUUGUUGGAGAGUUCCAAAAGCUACAAGAGAAGCAGGCGAAGGAUAUGAGGAGAAACGAUGAAGAAAUGUCCGACGAAGACAUGGAAGCUACGGAGUUGAGCAGAAAAGCACCUAAGGAGUACGAAUCGGCAAGUGCUGAAAAUGGAAAAUUGCAGGUGACGACUCAAUUGUCAGAACGGUACCACGAGCCAGUGGUGAUUGGAGCAGCCUACGCGCCGCACUUGAGACCGCAUUUGGAGCAAUGGGAAACAGUGGCGGAGCAAACCGCAACAGUCGGAAAGAAGUCGACAGCAUGGGUGAGUAUGUUGAAUGAAAGAGUUCGGGCGCUGAUCGACACAGGAUCAAUGUUAAGCAUUGUUCCAAUAGGACUCUUGGCUAGGGCUCAAGAUAAUGGCUUUGACGAUGACUCCCUCACCGUAAUUGAUCGGGAAACACUUGAGCCGGUGUAUGAUGCCUCCAACAAGGAGAUGGAAUUUCUCGGUGGAGUUUCAAAAGCGGUAAAAAUGGAAGGCGGAUCUGAGUAUGAAGUUGCCUUCUACAUAUCGAAGGAGAAAGGUCAUGAGGUGCUACUUGGAACAAACGCACUGGGAAGCUUAGGGGUUCAGAUCCACCUGCCUAAAGUACCAUUAUUCCCCAUACAAAGGUGA